CAUGAAUUCACUCAGUGAAGCAAACGCCCAGUUUGCAGUUGAUCUGUUCCAACAGCUCAGAAAAUCAUACAAGGGCAACAUCUUCUACUCUCCUCUCAGCAUCUCAUCAGCUUUAGCCAUGACGUACUUAGGGGCCCAAGGAAACACUGCACUCCAAAUAGGCAAGGUCCUUCACUUUAAUGACGUCACAGACAGCACAAAGGGAAGAGCCUCAACAGCUCACGUUGAAAAGUUGGGAAAUGUGCAUCAACAAUUUCAAAAGCUUCUGACUGACUUAAAGAAACCCACUGAUGCCUAUCAGCUGAACAUCGCCAACAGGCUCUAUCGAGAAAAGAAGUUUCAAUUUCAUCAGGAAUACAUGGAUAAUGUUAAGAAAUUCUACCUAGCCAGUGUGGAAUCUGCUGAUUUUAUAAACGCUGCAGAAGAAAGUCGCAAGAAGAUUAAUUCCUGGGUGGAAAGCCAAACGAAUGGAAAAAUCAAUAACCUGUUUCCCAGUGGUUCUCUUAACUCCGCCAUUCUGGUUCUGGUGAACGCAGUCUAUUUCAAAGGGCAGUGGAAUGUGAAAUUUAAUAAAGAAUAUACAGCGGAGGAAAAAUUUUGGCUGACCAAGGAUACCAGUAAAUCUGUGCAGAUGAUGAAACAAAGAAGUUUCUUUAAUUUCACUGCACUGGAGGACAUACAAGCCAAGAUCCUGGAAAUACCAUACAAAUGCAAAGAUCUAAGCAUGAUCUUGCUGCUGCCAAAUGAAGUAGAGGGUCUCAAGAAGCUUGAAGAUAAACUCACGGCUGAGAAAUUAGUAGAGUGGACAAGCUCACAGAAUAUGAGUGAGAAAAAAGUGAAUUUACAUUUACCUCGCUUCAAAGUGGAAGAGAGCUAUGACCUCACGGGCACGCUGAAGUCUAUGGGGAUGGUGGACGCCUUAAAUUCACAGGACGCCAACUUCUUGGGCAUGGCGGAGAGACGGGAUCUCGAGCUGACAACAAUGGUACACAAGUCCUUUGUGGAGGUGAAUGAAGAGGGCACGGAAGCCGCAGCCGCUACAGGCAUAGGAAUUGGUGUCACAUCAGCACCAAUUUAUGAAAGUUUCCGUUGCGAUCACCCUUUCCUGUUCUUCAUCAAGCACAAUAAAACCAACAGCAUCCUCUUCUUGGGCAGAGUCUCUUCCCCUUAGAUGCAAUUAGAUGCCACUAAUUUAGGGGGAAGUUCACAGUUUUCCAGUACGUUGAUUGCUAGAAGUAACAGGUUCUCUUUACUUCUUUUUUUCCGUUCCAAUCUCAUACUCAUCAUUAAGAAUGUAAAGGUUGAGAUAGCAUAUCUGUCUGUCUCUCUCUGCGAACACAUGUAAAUCUACUUUAUUUCUCCAUGUUGAUUCCCCACUUACAAAAUGCUCAAGAUAAGAUAAAAAGAUAUUUCAACUCUCUAUCUUCUCUUAAAUUUCAAAUAUCAUACCUGUUAUUUCAAAUAUUACAUAUAUUAAUCAAACGUAUUAACCUGGAAACCCACGUUUAUUUUAAUUUUGGUGAUAUCUGGGACCCUUACAUGUCUAAACUUUUUAAUUUUAUGAAAUACAUUAUCAAUAAAGCAAUGACUUUCUCGUA